ACACUUGCUCACAACAACUUCAUGACUGCAGAGAGACAGAAAUACACUUGGACAUCAUCAUUCUAGAGGUUUAUCUUUAUGAAUGCCAUUAUGCUCUGGCUGUUGCUGGUGGGAUGCUGUGGGCUUUCUUCCAUCAAAUGCUCAGUGGCUAAGGAAACCACAGAGCGUAUAAUCCAGAAGCCACGAUAUUAUGGUGUCAAAACCGGGGCCUAUGUGGAAAUUCACUGCCUUCCCCCAGAGUCACAGAAGUCAGAAACAUGGCAGUGGUAUUGGGCUGCUGAGCACAACGGAACCAAAAAUCUACUGCCAGGACAAAGGAAGAAUGUUCAAGACAAAGGCAGGUCUCUCCGCAUCAUGAAAGUGAAACCAGAGGACAGUGGAGUGUACUUCUGCAAGACAGCCAAUAAAUGGGGACCAGGGACUGGGCUUAAAGUUGUCAAAAACAUUAAUGUAACCGAGGCGCUGUACAGGACCAAUAUGAAGGAUGGUCUCAUGAUUUUCCAGGGUCUCCUGCUAGCUGUCUGUAUUGCUGCUUUAAUACGAUGCAACCGAGAACUGUUUGAAAGGGGAGACAGUGUGUAUGAAGAGCCUGAGACAGAUCACAUCUAUGAGGGUUUGGAGAUCGAGACAUGUGGAGGGGAUCUAUAUGAGGAACUGCCUGUGUAUGAAGACACUGAUGGAGCUGGAGCAGAGGCCCCAUGGGAGUGAGACUAAACUACUCGUCACCUGCCUACAUCUACAACCUCACAAUAUUUUACUUUUUACAGUUUGUUGGUUUUAAAAGUCAUAGUUACCUGAAAUGAGGAGUCUCGGGCAUAGUCUAGGGUGGACACUUUUUACUUUCUACCUUUCAAGGUAUUUUUUGUAAAUAUGUAACAGCAUGCUCAUCCUAAAUUGCUUGCAAUACAUGACAUGCUAAAUUUAUGCAGUGCUUAUGUUGUUCUGGAUUAACUUUGACAGUUUCAGCUGUAAUUUUGGUGCUAAGGAUGCUUUUUUAAAACUUGGGUUUGUGUUUUGAAAAAGUGUAAGAAGAAGUACAUUUUUUUUACUUUGCAUGCUUUGUAGCCUGAAAAGACCCGACUUUUUCUUUAGUUGUUUGGUAUUUGCAUACCUUAGAGCUGCAACUUUAAGAUGAUUAAAUGAUUAUGGAAUCAAAAGAUUCCACAAUGACCUCUCACAUAUAUAGAUUUCAUGUUUUUUAAGCAUAGAUGUCACUAUAAGCUGGUUCAUGCCUUUUGGAUGUGAGGAUUUACUGUUUUAUUUCUCAUUAAUAAGUUGUCCUCAAAUGGUCUAGCCUCAGGACCAGUAGUGUAAUGGUCCAUGUAGAAGUGGGUAUUUAUAUUCCCUUUACUGGGUAUUCUCUUAAUUUAGAAGAGGGUACUCUAUGGAGACUAGAAAAAAUAGUGGGUAUACCCUGUAUACUUGCAUAUACCCUACACCAGGCGUGUCAAACUCAGUCACAACAGGGUAAGAUUCUGAAUUUUGGUCUAACCUGAGAGCCUCACAGGGUCAACAUUUCAUCAUGAACUGUCAACCUCAUUUUCACCAGUUAUAAAGCACUGAUGAUAAAUAAUUUUGAGAGUUAAAAAAGUCAAACCGAUAACUUUAAAGGCUCAAUAAAACAUCAAAUGUAGGUAUUCAAAGGGUCAAAACAGGAAGAUAAAAGUCAAACUAUUUUUUUAAAUGGCGAUAUAUGAGAAAGAAAGUCAAAAUCAUUAGUUUUAAAGGUAAAAAUAUGAGGUAAAAUUCUAAAUUAAGAGUUCAAAAGGGUCAAAAUAUGAA